AUGUCAUCAUCAUCAUCAUCCUCGUCGUCGCCACCACAAGCUAUUCCCAUGAACAAAGUGAAUAAUGCCCAGAGCUACAACACUCAGCCAUCAACUACGGAGAAAGAAAAUACUCAACAACCAAGACACUCACUAAGUGAUGAAACAAUCACAAACGAGCCCAAAAGGGGAGAACAAAUGAUACCUAUAAAACAAGAACAACACCAGCAAAUGCAACAAAAGCCAGAGCCAAGAAGAUCAAAUGCAUCUGACUCUUCACAUUCACAUUCACAAUCACAUUCACAUUCAUCAUCUUCGUCCGCCUCAAGAACAAGUGAAGACACAGAUGAAUCAGACUUGUCGCUAUACAGCGGCUACGACAGAGAGGGUAACGAGUGUACGGAAUUCUGUAUAGAACUUUUCACGUGUUUUGGCGUUGUGGAUUGUUACCCCAAGAGUGGAGCAGGCUGCUUAACUACAACAGCUACAUUUGUUGGAAAUUUGGUUUUUGGCUGUUGCAAGUGUUGA